CAUUUCGUCACUGCGUGCAAAGAAAGAGCAGGGAAAAAAUUAUUUCGCAACAUGAAACCGUUAAUGCUGCAGGGGCACACCCGUGCCAUCACCCAGAUCAAGUACAACCGUGAGGGGGACCUGCUCUUCUCCUGCGCCAAGGACACCAAGCCCUGCGUCUGGUACGCCAUCAACGGAGAGAGGUUAGGCACGUACAACGGGCACAACGGGGCCGUCUGGGCACUGGACAUCGACUGGCAGACCACCAAGGUUCUCACCGCAGCCGCUGACAACUCCGCAAGGCUAUGGGACUGUGAGACAGGAAAACAACUGUUCCAGUGGGACACUAACAACGCAGUGCGAGCGUGUGGUUUCUCCUACAGUGGAGACAUGAUCAUGUUCUGUACAGACAGACAGAUGGGCUACAACCCUUCACUAGACAUCUAUGACAUCAGGGCAGGGGAACAGCUAGCAAACAACGCCCCCCUGCUGAGUAUCCCCAUCGAGGGCCCCAAAGUCACGUCGGCCGUGUGGGGAGGGCUGGACGAGUACAUUAUCACCGGACACGAGAGUGGGGAGUUCAGCCAGUUCGAUGUCAAGUCUGGUGAGAGGGUGCGGAACGUGAGGGUCCACAGUAAACAGAUCAACGACAUCCAACUCAACAAGGACAGAACCAUGUUUGUCAGCGCAUCCAAGGACACAAACGCUAUGCUCUUUGAUGCUGACUCCCUGGACCAUCUGAAGACCUACAAGACAGAGAGACCGGUUAACUCAGCUGCCAUCUCACCACGCAUGGACCACGUUGUUUUAGGCGGAGGACAGGAGGCCAUGCAGGUGACGACCACGUCCACCCGAAUCGGCAAAUUCGACGCUCGCUUCUUCCACCUCAUCUUCGAGGAAGAAUUCGGCAGGGUCAAGGGUCACUUUGGACCAAUCAACAGCGUGGCAUUCCACCCCGACGGCAAAAGCUACAGCUCCGGUGGUGAGGACGGCUAUGUUCGAGUUCACACCUUCGACCCACAGUACUUCGAGUUCGAGUUUGAGUUUUAGAGAUGUAGAAAUCCUUUUAUGUAUCUGCUAAUCCAAAAUCAGUACAGUAGAAAAAAACAUGAUUAUUAUAAGACUUCCUCACAUUUGUUGAUGUGUGUUCUGUGUAUUAAUGUAAUGUUGGGGCUUAUGUGAGGGAAAGAUGCAGAAUCAUGUUGAGAACCUUUCAAUAAACGUGGGAGAAGAUUA